UGUCAGAGACACACAAUCCACUGACCUCAGGAUAGGAUAGUAAUGUUGGAUGUUUCAUAUGAAGAUGAGUUUGAUAUCAGCUCUAGAUGAGCAUCUCCUGAACUGGGUUUAUCUGUCCCUGCAGGACUCGUGUGAUGAUGGAAACCAGCAGAUCAAACCAGAGCUGGACUCACAUCUCCAAACCAACAUCAUCUCAAACUUCAUUCAUCAGCACCACAGCACACAGAGAGAAAGCGGUUUGUAUAAGAGCUUGUCUCCGUACGGCUCUCUGAACAACAUCCUGGAGGGUCUGAGCUCUCUGACGGACGGCAUCUCUCUCCUCUCGCGCACCUGUGAACCUCACAAACCCUGCAAGAAACCACCACCCAACUACCUGUGUCACCUGUGCUUCACUAAAGGCCAUUACAUCAAAGACUGCCCUCAGGCUCGUCCUAAAGGUGAGGGUCUGACCCCGUAUCAGGGGAAGAAGAGAUGCUUCGGGGAGUACAAGUGUCCCAAAUGCAAGAGAAAGUGGAUGAGUGGAAACUCUUGGGCAAACAUGGGACAAGAAUGCAUCAAAUGCCACAUAAACGUCUAUCCAUAUAAACAGUGUCCUCUGGAGAAACCGGAUGGUCUGGAUGUGUCCGAUCAGAGUAAAGAACAUCCGCAGAACCUUUGUGAGAAGUGCAAGAUGUUGGGAUAUUACUGCCGUCGAGGUCAGUGACCUCUGACCCCCAGCACCUGAAAGACACAUUCACACCCCCUUAAAAUCAUCUCGGCUUUAGCUGGAUCUUUUUUUACUGAACUCUAAAAUAAAGGAUGUUUCAGGAUCAAUGUAACUUAAGUUCUAUCGACAUUUGUUACCGCAGUAAUGAAGUUGAAGUUUUGGGUUUGAGCCCACUUAGUCAUUUUUAUACAACAGAAAUGUUCUACAGCUCCAGAAGGAAGGAUUUAGGAAGAUCGAUUUUUAAGAUUGUGUGAAUGUGGUAAACCUGGUGAAUUUAACACAUUACACGCAAGAACACUAGAGGGCAGACUGGAGGAAAGUUUCAUGUUUCAGCAAAACCGAACAAUGUAUCAUAACUCCUCCCAGAAUCCAUCACAUCUCUAAUACACUUACAGAUGAAUGAACUGA